AUGGAAACUAUUGAACAAGUUUUACAAUCAUUUAAUUCAAUUUUAAUACAAUAUGAUGAAAAUAAUAAUUCAUUUCCAAAUCUAACAUCAAUUAAAGAAUUAAUUCAAUUAAUACUUCAUUCAAAUGAAAAAUAUUUUUAUGAAUCUGAUUUUUUAAAUCAUCGUUUAUUUUCUAUUUUACGUGAUUGGUAUUUAAAAUUUUUACGUCAUUGGCGUCUUGGUACACAAUCGAAUGAUGAUGAAUUUUAUUUUGUUUUUGAUACAAUACCAAAUUUAUUUGUUAAAAUGUCAAAUCAUAUUUCAGAAAAAAAUAUAUUAAUAUUAAAAGAACUUAUAUUUCAUAAAUCACUUAUUAAUGAAUUAAAUAUAUUUCUUGAAGAAAUAAGUUUAAAUGGGAAAUAUUUACAAGAUCCACAAAUAAAAUCUCUCGAUAACAUAUUUCGAGCUAUUCAACGUCUUGAACGAAGUCGUUUUGAUAAUAAAAUUGAUCCAUUAUUAACAAAAUUAUUUGAUAAUAUUGUAAAAUGUAUUUGUUCAACAUCAUUUAUUGAAAUGUUUAUACAUUCAACAACACAAGAAAUCGAUGAUCCAGGACAAAAAAUUUUAUUACAUACAUGUACGGAUUAUAUUUAUUCUCAUCCAACUGAUCAACAACAUAAACAAUGUUUACUUGAUAUUCGUCAAUCACUUCUUCAUCCAUUUUCUCAAUGGUUAUCACAACAAAGAUCUUCAUUUCGUUCAUGGAAUAUUCGAAUGACUGUUAUAUUACGUCAACUUUGUUUUAUUCUUACACUUAGUAUUCAAUUAAAUCGUUAUGCAAUUCUUGAUAAAGAUACAUUCAAUGGUUAUUGUCAAUUGAUUGAUUCAUUUAUUAUUAUACUUCAAUCAAUAAUUCAAACUGAAAAUAUGAUUAAUAAUAAAUUAAAUCAAUCAUUAAUGGGAACAUUAACACCAAAUUUAUAUACAAUGACAUUAUCAAAUCAAUUAGAAAUCUAUAUUAAAAAUAAACAUAUAACAUCAUUAAUUUUAAAAUUAGCUGAUAUUGAAAAUGAUGAAAUACAAUUAAAUGCAUUUCGAAUACUUUCAUCAAUAAUAACUGAACAAGAUACAAAAACAAUGUCAAAUUCAAUGACUAUUGCUAAUCUUUUUAGAAAAUUUCUUGAUAAAGCUAUUGAUGAUCCAAAUCAAAUGUUAAAAUUUUAUAAUUUACUUCGUUGUCUUAAACAUUUAAUUCAAUAUGAUCAAAUUAAACAAGAAUUAAUAAAACAAAAUGGAGUUUUAUUACUUCUUCGUUGUAUAACAGAAACAAAAUUUAAACCACUUCAAGCACAACAACCAGCAUUAGAAAUUCUCUUAGCUUUAACAUUUACUAAUGAAGCCUAUUGUGUAUUAAAAGAAAAUGUAAACCAUAUAAAAUCCUUAUUAUCAUCACCUCAUCAAGGUGUAUCACGAACUGUUGAUAGUCUUCUAUGGAGAUUAAAAACACAAGAAGAAAUACUUUUAAAACCAAAACCUAUUGGUAAUACUUAUAAAUAUGAUGUGAUGAUAUCAUAUUCUCAUUCUGAUAAAGAUUUAACUUAUCGAAUAUAUGAUCAACUUAUUAAAGAUGAUUUUUGUGUAUGGAUAGAUCGUGAUGAAACAUUUGGAACAACAAUGAUUACGAAAGCUGAUAUUAUUGAUCAAUCACAAUAUAUUAUUAUUUGUAUAUCAGAUGAAUAUAAACAAAAUUUAUAUUGUCGAUGUGAAGCAUAUUAUGCUUAUGAACGUCAGUGUCAAAUAAUUCCAGUAAUUUUAACAUUAAAUUAUCAUCCAGAUGGAUGGCUAACUAAUAUAAUUAAUAGAACAAAUUAUAUUGAUUUUGUUCUACUUGAUUUUCCCUUGGCUUAUAAGGCAUUAAAAAGCGAAUUAAAUCAAUCAUUAGAUUCCCAUCCAGAAUUAGAACAAAUAUCUUCGUGUACAACAAGUGAAUAUUUAUCUACAAUUGAACAGUGGACAACAGAAGAUGUUAAAUUAUUUUUAAUUGAUAAUAAAUUCAGUUGUCUAUUACCAAUUAUUUCCGAAAUGAAUGGAUAUCUUUUAAAUGAUUUAUAUACAAUGUGUAAACAAAAUCGAGAAUCAAUGUUUCAUACAUUGAAAAAUGAAUUAUUAACAUUGGAUAAAAAUGCUCAACCUUUGACACUUUUUAUUUAUCUUCGAUUUCUUAAUGAGAUUAAAAAAUAUAUUUCAAAAGCAAUUGUUAUAGAUUAA